GUUGUUAACACUAUCAGUACCGGUUUGAACAAAUUGUGGAUGGUUUGCAAUUACGCGUUAAGAAAAUGAGUCACAAUUGGCUGAUGCUUUGCUUUGCGAUCGGUGUUCAAUGUUUGGUGUUUCCACUUACAAAUGCUGGCCAAGCAGAUUCGUGUUUUUCCUCUUCUUUCUCAAGAGCCAUUGGUUACAUCCUUCAAGGAUUUUUACUUGGUGAAAUAGAAGUCGAUUCGAUUAUUGAAUGCAAAAGACGAUGUGUUGCCAUUGCAAAUUGCAAUUCAUUGAAUAUCUUGUCAAAUUCAGACGGAAGCUUCAUGUGUCAGUUGAACAGCCACCUUAGAGAGAGUGGCUUGAAGGAACAAUUUGUACGUCAUGCGUCCGGGGAAUAUUAUGGUUUAAAGGAAAAGAAAUUGUGCAACGAUAAUGGAAAUACUUGCAGCUCCGUUUCGUCUUGGUUUGCUUUCAAUCAGAGUUCUUUCCAGCUUGUCAGCAAUCGCCUCACAUUUGAAAAUGCACGAAAAGUUUGUCAGGAGAUGAAAGGUGACCUCGCGUCCACAUCAAGUGACGAGGAACAGGCAUUCUUGUACAAAAUAUUUCUAGAUAGUAAUCCUCCGGCGGGCAGCCAAGUGUAUGUUGGGUUAAACGAUAUUACCAAAGAAGGUGUAUUUGUCUGGAGUGAUGGAUCUCCAAACCUAUACGCAAAAUUCCGUAGCGGACAACCCAACAACGACGGGAAUGAAGAUUGUGUUACAUUGGAAGAAAACUUUGGUGAUGCUGUGUUUAAUGACCGACAGUGUGUUGAAGAAAAAAGAUUCUUCUGCGAGACAAGUCUUGUGAACCUUUGAGUUAUAAGUAUUCAGUAACAAUCUCGUGGAAUUCUGCAUGAUCUUAAAACAGAAUGAAACACUGCAAACACUUUCACUAACCUCACCAUAAUUAAUAAUUAAAUAAAUUUUUAUGUGCUUACAUCGAUAUAAACUUGUAAUUUAAGUAGCAGGUUUAUCCACAUUUAGGUAAAGCAAAAUUUCUUUCACUCAUAAAGGCUCAAAAUUGCCGCAAAUAUCUUAUGUAAAAUUAUGAUCUACGGACAGUUGUAUACGAAAAAUUUGAAUCAUUUUGUGAUCACCGCUUUGUACGGGUAAAACGUUACUAUUUUUGCUUUUUUAUUUUUUUUUCAAAAUUUUCAAUUUUUAGAGGUACUUCAUGUUAUUGCUUUGUUUAAUCACCCCACGCGAAAUCUACGCACCGUUAACUUUUGAUUAGUUAACCAACAAACUGACUACGUUUUGACCAACGCAGUUAAGGCGUGUAGUAACUAAACUGUCUAGUUAUAACGCCAAAUAUACUAAACUCCAACUAUCUUUUUAUACAACCGACUACAAUAAAUGAGAUGCAAAGUUUAGAUUAUUCGUCUGCGAAAAACUCAGCCUGUUGUACUGAGAGAAAUUUUGACGUAUUUUACAAAAGUCUUCCUAAAUAUAGCUAUAUAUAUAUAGUCUCGCUUUCUCGUUCACCGCACAUAAAGCAAGCAAGCAAGUGAUAUUGCAACAUUGUAAUGACACAGAAUAUUCUAGAAUAACCCCUCGUUGUAAACGGGCUUG